CCGGAGUAGAGCGCACCUUAACACGUUUUCUGAUGGAGCCACACUUAUUAUUGUAACGGGUCUGCCGCUAAUAAGAGUUGGCAGAAUAAGAAAGCUCACUCAUUGUUUACAAAGUGGUGUGGCUGUCAGGUUUCAGAUCCUACUACAACCAAAAGAUUCAUUCAUCCCUCCAACAGUUUUCCUGCAGGGUAUUUGUGCAAAUGGAGAACAAGGAGCUCUUGGCAGUGCCAGUUCACACUGGAGAGAAGCGGACAUGUCCAGAAGAGGCCUCCCACCAUGAUGCUAAGAGAGCCAGAGUUGAAGAUGAAACUAAUGGUAGCCAUGCCAUUAAACAGACAGAGGAAGACAGGGAAGUGUUGGCAGAGCAGGGAGAGGAAGAUGUGGAGGCUGUGGAGGAUGAAGAUGGAGAGGGAGAGGGAGAGAGCUUUGCAGAUAUGAUGAAGUCUGGCCUCAGUGAAGUGGAUGCUGGCAUUCACAAGUUUGUCAGUGACCAUAAAGGAUUCUCUGGAAUUCUAAAAGAGAGGUACUCUGAUUUCCUGGUUCAUGAGAUUGGCAAAGAGGGGAAGGUUGUGCAGCUGGAUGACCUUUCCGUUCCUGUGGAAACUGAGGAAGCAUCUGUCGAGGCUGAGCCAGCUGAGUGUCAGACUCUGACAGAGGAGCAGAAGCAACAGCUCAGUGACCUGCAGCUCUUCAAGAACAAGGAGGGCAAUGUGGCUAUCGAGGUGGAGGAAGACUCCAAGGAGAAGCGUACUCUGCUUCAUAAAGCAGUGAAGACCCUGUAUCCAGGGCUGGAGACCAAGACUGAGCAAAGAGAGGGCAAGAAGUUCAUAGUGGCCUACCACACAGCUGGGAAAAAAGCGCUGGCAGAAGUUCGAACAGCUGCAGCCCCUAGGAAACACUCAUGGCCCAAGAACCGUGGCAGCUUCUGUCAUUUUGUGCUCUACAAGGAGAAUAAAGACACCAUGGAUGCCAUUAACGUUCUGUCCAAGUUCCUCAGGGUCCGACCCAACGUCUUCUCCUACAUGGGCACCAAAGACAAGAGAGCCAUCUCAGUACAGGAGAUUGCUGUGCUCAAAAUCAGUGCUGAGAGAUUAGCUCACCUCAAUAAGUGCCUGAUGAACUUCAAGCUGGGAAACUUCAGCUAUAAAAAGCAUCCUCUGAAACUGGGGGAGCUGCAGGGAAACCACUUCACCGUGGUACUCAGGAACAUCUCGGGCUCUGACGAGCAGGUGGAACAGGCCAUGACGUCACUCAGGGACACUGGCUUCAUUAACUAUUAUGGCAUGCAGCGUUUUGGUACCACAGCUGUUCCCACACACCAGGUCGGCAGGGCCAUUCUGCAGAAUAAUUGGACAGAGGUGAUGGACCUCAUCUUGAAACCACGUCCCGGGGCGGAGAAGGGCUAUCUGGUGAGGUGUAGAGAGGAAUGGGCCCGCACUCAGGAUCCCGAGGCAGCGCUGAAGAAACUGCCUGUCAAGCGCUGCGUAGAGGGCCAGCUCCUGAGAGGCCUGUCGAAGUACGGCAAAAACAACAUCGUUACGGCAUUCGCGCUGAUCCCUCGCAACAACAGGCUCAUGUACAUCCACAGCUACCAGAGCUUCGUGUGGAACACCAUGGUCAGCAGGAGAGUGGAGGCCUAUGGCCUUAAAGCUGUGGAAGGGGACCUAAUGCUCAAAGGAGGCACUGCUCAUGUCCUCUCGGCUGCGGAGGCGGAGGAGCUGACCAUUCUCGAUGUUGUGAUGCCACUGCCUGGAUUUGAUGUUAUCUACCCCACACACGAGGUUGGAAAGGGUUACAGAGAGCUGCUGGCAGCUGAUAAUCUGGACAUUAAUAAUAUGAGGCAUAAAGUGCGGGAUUAUUCCCUGGCUGGAGCCUACCGCCGCGUCCUCAUUCGCCCCAGUGACGUCAGAUGGGAAGUAAUCCAUUAUGAUGACCCCAGAGUUCCCCUGGUCUACACAGAUGUAGACAAACUAGAAGACAAACCACCCCCAGUUUAUCUCACAGAGGGUAAAUACAGGGCUCUGAAGAUGGAAUUCUCCCUGCCUCCCUCCACCUAUGCCACCAUGGCCAUUAGAGAGGUGCUGAAAAUGGACACAAGUAUCAAGAACCAGACACAGCUGAACACUGUAUGGCUGAACUGAGGCCCACCAUCUAGCAAGUUUAAUUUUGAGCCACUGCUCAGAAAACUCGAUUUGUUAUAUUAUAAAACAGGAAUUGGGCCCAGAUGCACUACAGCCUUGAUGUUCAGUAUUUGCUUUCUUAUUUUUUUAGGAGCUUGUUUUUAAAGUAUACUUUUAGGCCCCUUGGCCUGGAAAGACAUUGACUGUAAAAGUUAAGUUGAAUUGUUGCUUAAAUAUCCUGUAUGUGCAAGAUGGAUGUUUGGUUUGCAAAAUGAACUCCCUGAAUGAGUGAUCACACUGUUCAUCUACUGUGUAAUACUGGAAUUCUCUCUUGGUGUAUAAAUAAUUACCAGCUUUUUUUUUUUUCCCUGGAACUAAUAAAUUAACUUUUGCAAAACUUA